GUCUCCGUGGGGUCUCUGCCAUCCUGGCCAUGAACCUGGAGCCACCCAAGGCCGAGGUCCGGUCGGCCACCAGGGUGACUGGGGGGCCUGUCACUCCCAGGAAAGGGCCCCCCAAAUUUAAGCAGCGGCAAACCAGGCAGUUCAAGAGCAAGCCCCCCAAGAAAGGCGUCCAAGGGUUUGGGGAUGACAUCCCUGGAAUGGAAGGCCUGGGAACAGACAUUACGGUCAUCUGCCCAUGGGAGGCCUUCAACCACCUGGAGCUGCACGAACUGGCCCAGUACGGCAUCAUCUAGCACGAGAGCCUGACCCGGAGUCCCAGGGCCCUACCCCCUGCUGCCCGCUCCGACCCCUGGUCAGGAUUCCUGUGAGGAAGCCCAUCCCCCUGAGGGUGUCCGGAUUGUCCAGUUUGUGUUUGGAGACCCUUGCAAGGUGACAACCUUGGGACCCUAGAUGCUAGUUACCAGAAGCCUCCUGUCUCCCUGCAGGACAUCUCGGGCCCGGUCAGGCCCUGCUUAACUUCCAGAGGCCCACAGAUCUUCUUUUAGGGCUGGAAAGCCAGAGCAGGGCUCCCAGAAAUGUCCCUCACCCCCUGCUCCCGUCCUGCUAUCUGGUGGUGAGGACAAGCCCCCCUCGCCAGUCCUUCCCAGCUGGUGCCCUUGGGUUGGUGGCUGGAGGUGGGGGGGGGGCGGUGUCCCGGUGGCAUCAGCAAGAGUGCAGCACCCCUCCAAACCCCUCGCGCCAGCAGGAAACUUGACCUCCCCUCCACGGCCCACGCUUGCUGUCCGUGUUGCAAAAUAAAGUCAGCACGCCUCCCCUC